UACACACAACAACUUUCUAUAUUAACACCUCACCAUCCCAUUUUUGCCCUGCAUCAAAUCUCUCCACUUCCUUCCCAUUUAUCUCAAUCUUUCCUUCCUUACAAAUGCCAUCAAUGGCGAUUUCUGGGCUUUAUCUUCUUUUUCUAAAUCUCUUCUCUUUUGGGACGAUUCUGUCUUCAGCGACGCUUUUUACACUCCAAAACCAUUGCAGUUUCAUGGUAUGGCCAGGUUCACUCUCCGGUAACGGUGCUGCGAUUGGCGAGGGCGGAUUUGUUUUGGCACCUGGUUCAUCAGCUCAAUAUCAGGCUCCACCUGGCUGGUCAGGUCGAUUCUGGGGUCGAACCGGCUGCACAUUUGACAACUCUGGCUCUGGGAAAUGCGUCACUGGCGACUGUGGUGGCGUACUGAAGUGUACUGGCGGCGGCGCGCCACCUGUCUCCCUGGUGGAGUUCACCAUUGCAGGCGGAGGCUCGGGGGAUAAGGACUUUUACGAUGUCAGUCUGGUGGAUGGUUACAACGUUGCCUUAGGAGUCAGGGCAACUGGUGGUUCAGGGGAUUGCCAAUAUGCAGGCUGUGUCUCGGAUCUUAAUUCCAAUUGCCCGCCCGAGUUGCAGGUCAUUGACUCGGGUUCUGUCGUAGCCUGUAAAAGCGCCUGUGCGGCGUUUAACUCGCCUGAGUUUUGCUGCACUGGCGACCAUGCUACACCUCAGACUUGCUCGCCGACGCAGUUCUCGGUGAUGUUCAAGAAUGCUUGUCCUACAGCAUAUAGUUAUGCUUAUGAUGAUGCCUCAAGUACUCGGACUUGUUCUGGGUCAGAUUAUUUGAUCACGUUUUGUCCAACUGUGUCUUGAUUCAUAAUUAUGGUUAGAAUAAAUGUUCAUUAGUAGUUUCUUGGGUAAAUUUGAUGCUUGGUAUUAUGGGAAUUUGUUGAUUGGAUUGUUAUGUAACGUUGAAAUCAAAGCAUUUUUGCUUAAAAUAGAUGAUAAGGUAUGAUCUUUUAGUUGCGA